UGAACAUAACCUCAAAUUCCCGUCCACGUGAAGUUGCUGCGAAUACCGAAGUUUUCCAGUUUUCCUAAUUUUAAUUAAUUUUCCUCUGUUUUAUCCGCCUUUGUGUUUAGUUUCAGACUCUUAAAUUCUAGUGAGCUACUCAGUGAAUUUAUUGUGUUAUCAUCAUGGGUAAAAUAAAGAAACCCAAGAAGCGUGGAGGUCGUCAAAACUUAGAAGAACAGAUCAACUCUGAAAAGCGCGUCACAGAUAAAUUCCGAAUCAAAUUUAGAGAUGAAAUUGAAGAAAAAGAUGAAGAUUAUGUUGAUCCAAAAUUGUCAAGGAAGAUUUUACGACAGGCGAAGCAACAACAAGAAGAAAUUGCUGAAGAGUUUGGCCUAACAGGACCUGAAGUUGUACCCACUACCAAAUUAGGCAAUGACAUUGCUGGGGAUGAUUCAGAUGCUGAUGAUGAAGAUCAUAUGCCAGAAUCUGCUGGUGAUGAAUUUUUCGAUGAUAUUCAAGUUGAUGAAGAGGACGAAAAGGCUCUCGAGAAAUUCAUGUCAGCCAACCCAGCCCCCAGGUUAACGUUGGCUGACCUCAUCAAAGACAAAAUCACUGAAAAGAAAACUGAACUCACCACGCAGUUUACCGAUAAAGAAAGUUUAGUCAUGCAAGAUAUUGAUCCAAAAGUAAAAGAACUGUAUAUUGGUGUCAGAGAUGUUCUAAUCAAAUACAGGAGUGGAAAAUUACCCAAAGCCUUCAAAAUAGUCCCAAAACUGAAUAAUUGGGAGCAAAUCCUUUACUUGACAGAACCACAUCGCUGGAGUGCCGCUGCAAUGUAUCAAGCAACAAGAAUUUUUGCAUCUAACCUUAAGGAAAAAAUGGCGCAAAGGUUUUAUAAUCUGGUGCUCUUACCCCGAGCAAGGGAUGAUAUUCAAGAAUUUAAAAGACUGAAUUUCCACAUCUUUCAAGCUCUUAGGAAAGCUUUGUUCAAGCCUGCAGCAUUUAUGAAAGGCAUUCUACUCCCUCUCUGUGAGAGUGGAACAUGCACCUUACGGGAGGCUAUCAUCAUUGGUUCUGUGGUGGCCAAGAACUCAAUUCCAAUGCUCCACUCAGCAGCCGCUAUCUUAAAAUUAGCAGAAAUGGAUUACAAUGGUGCCAACUCAAUAUUCCUAAGAAUUCUAUUUGAUAAAAAAUAUGCACUUCCUUACCGAGUUGUUGAUGCAGCAGUCUUUCACUUUUUAAGGUUCGAAAGAGACCCCCGCGAGCUCCCAGUCCUGUGGCACCAAGCCCUGUUGACCUUUUGUCAGCGGUACAAGGGCGAUAUCAGUUCGGAGCAAAAAGAAGCCCUACUCAAGUUGCUGAGGAGUCAAAGUCAUCCUACAAUCUCUGCAGAAAUCAGACGUGAGUUGAAUAGCGCCAAGUGUCGCGAUCUUGAAUUGGCUGAACCACCCGCUGCUGCCAUGGAAUUGUAAAUGAUCCGAAAAUUAAUGUUAUCUAUCUUGUACAAAUGUAAGAUUAAGUUCUCUUUUUUCAAGGGAAAAUAAAAAUUUAAAUCUUUUUGUUA